AUGGUGUACUACUUUACCCUCGCCUCCGACCCAACGGUUUUCUGCUACAUGGGUCGUGACAAGUACGAGAAUGAGGAACUCAUCAAGUACGGAUGGCCGGAGGACAUCUGGUUUCACGUUGAUAAUCAUAGCAGUGCCCAUGUGUAUGUUCGCAUGCCAAGGGGAAAGGGCAUGGACGACCUAACUCCAGAAAUGGUUGAGGAGUGUUGCCAGUUAACCAAGGCGAACAGCAUUGAGGGGUGCAAGCUAAAUCACGUGCGUGUGGUAUACACUCCAUGGAGCAACCUGAAGAAGACAAACGGUAUGGAGGUUGGGCAGAUAGGUUUUCACAAUGAGUCCUUGCGUCGGUAUCACAUUGUUGAAAAGAAAAACAACCCUAUGCUUAACAAACUUGAGAAGACCAAGGUAACGAAUGAUGAAGUGAAUUUUCAAGCAUUAAGAGAAGAACGCGAUGCGGAGGAACGUCGCGAGGAGCGCAAGGCUAUGUUGGAGAGGCAACAGCGCGAAAAGGAGGAGGCGGAAGCUCGUAAAAAGGCGGCGGAACUAAAAUCGUAUGCAUCACUUAUGGAUGAGAAGAAGAUGAAUACAAAUCAAGACUGUGUUCCUGAUGAAGAUGACUUUAUGUGA